CAGCGGGAGGGGAGACUUAGUGACCUAGAGUAAUGACGCGAUCUGCUGGCGGCCGAAGGGUGACCAGAGGUCAAGGUCUGCGAAUCUAGGUUCCCUUUCUGAAGCGGGUUUACCAAAUUUCCUGUUGGGGAAUCUUUGAAUUCUUGGUCUGUUUAAACUUAGCCGUAGCUAAACACUGUAUUUCCUCAGCCUUGAGACCCCGGGGCCGCCAUUCUCACGUUGCCCUGAGCGAUCAGGCCCUCUCUGUCUCUGUGGCUGACUUGAAUUCCUGAUUCUCUUGCCUCCGCCUCCCGAGGGUUGGGAUUUCAGGUCUGUGGCUUCUCUGGCGCACCCACCCUGGAGCUAUGGUCCACGCUUUCCUCAUCCACACUUUGAGGGCCCCGAAUUUGGAAGAUACGGGCCUUUGCCGAGUGCUCUACUCCUGUGUCUUUGGUGCUGAGAAAUCACCCGACGAUCCUCGGUCACAUGGUGCAGAAAGAGACAGGCUCUUACGCAAGGAGCAGAUUUUGGCGGUGGCCAGACAGGUGGAGUCACUGUGUAGGCUGCAGCAGCAAGCGUCUGGAUGUCCCUCCACAGAGCUGCAGCCUCAGUUCUCCGCUGAGCCUGUGUCCCUGCACGAGGCCCCUCAUGGAGCCUUCCACCUGGCGGCCGGGGACCCUUUCCAGGAGCCUCGGACAGUGCUGUGGCUGGGCGUGCUUUCCUUAGGGUUCGCCCUGGUGUUGGAUACCUAUGAGAACCUGGUGCUGGCCGAGCGCACGCUCCGACUCUUGGCCCGCCUCCUUCUCGACCACCUGCGGCUGCUGACACCAAGUACCAACUUCUUGUUGCGGACUGACCGUAUUGAGGGAAUCCUCACCCGCUUCCUGCCACAUGGGCAGCUGCUUUUCCUCAAUGACCAGUUUGUCCAGGAUCUGGAGAAGGAAUUCAGUGCUGCUUGGCCCCGCUGACCCCUCACCAGAAUGAGGCUUCUUGAAAUGACAAAGAGUGAGGGUAAAGAUUGCAUACUGCUAGGUGGAGUUUGGCAUCUGCCUCUUGCCCAGCCUGCUCCCUGCUCUGAUAUGUUGCCACACUCAGGGCACAUGGACUGAACAAGCCCGCAGGAAGGGACCUGGAUAGAAGGCUGGCUAUGCCUGAUCUCAGGCCACUGGAAUUGUAGAGCAUCCUGAGCCUGGCGCUGCCCUGAGGCCUCUUAGACUGCAGUGUCCACCAUGCUAGUCCCUGACUCCACUUUCAGCCCUUCCAGCUGUCAGUACUGGAGCAGUGGAGUGCCUGCCAAGCUCACCUUCUCAGUACUCUAUAGCCUCAGCACGGAAGGAGUCUCUGGGACCCACGUCAAGGUUGGGGAGCUGGGCCGGUCCCUACCUUAGCUCAUCAGUAAGGAUUUUGUCAGCAAGGCCCGUUCUGGAUCCAGCUCCACCACAGUUCAGAGCAGGAGGAUUCUGCGGCUCCUUGUGUGCUAAGCCUGUGUCUGACAGGAGAGCUGAGAGAAAACAGCUUUCCUUGUCUGCUGCCUGGCAGGUGUCAGGCUUCUGGCCCAGGUGAUGCCUUAUUUUGAAUUAAAAACAAUGGCAGUCUGA